AUGAUGGCCGAACGAGCAACAUGGAGUCAGUGGACCGAAUGGCUCCGGGUUCCGCUGCAGUACGCUGCCGCCAGCGGCAAUCAAGAUGUUGUCCAUGGCCUGCUAAUGGGCGGGGCGAGGGCAAAUACGAUUGAUGAUGAGGGAUGCACUCCGCUGCACUUCGCUGCGAGGUCUGGAAGGGAGGAGGUGGUGAGUACCCUCUUGGCCAGUGGGGCAAAAGAGAAUGGUCUUGACGGCGGCGAGUGGCGGCUGGAAUGGGACUGAAAUCGAUGACGAGAACCCGGGCUUGAAGGGACUGGUGGCGUUGCUAGUAGGCCUUGAGCCGGAAGGCGUGUUUCGCACGGUCCUGGGCUUCGUCUGAGGACGACCAAAAAAUCUGGAAGUGGUUUGGUGAGUUCGAUCACGCGUGUGGUUACUGAGACAUCAUUUGAACAUCGGAAACUUUCCCGACCGCGUCAAGACCUUUUGGCUUGGCUUGUUCCGCGAUGGCACUAUCAGAGGUACGCCGGAUGUGAUGUACCAGUGUCCAUGUGAGACACCACCGAAGUUGGUGGGCUAAUGGCGAACCCAAGUAGUGCUUUGGCAUCAAUCGAUGCACAUAAACUCAUACCACAACGUCCAACCCGCGUCUUGGAUGUUGUACAUCCUGCAUAGGUGAGGAGCCCGGGUGAAUUCGUCCCCGUCGUGGGAAUAAGGCACAGUCGUACCCUCUUGGGAUGUUAUCCGAUAUUUGAGAUACUGAAAGUAUUUCGUCGACACCAACCCAAUGGCGGAUGCAGAGCAGGGGUACCUGCGAAACCACAAAACUUUCGUAAUGUAGAGCUGUUCGGGAGAUUGUGGGUGACGUAGAACUCUUGAACGAGCCGAAAGCGGGGGCGGUAAGGCGAGAAGCUGUAAACAAAUGGCCAUCAAGUAAGUAUUGACUGGCGCGUAGAGCAUGCGUACUCUUUGGUGCUGCUGUGGAUCAUGAAUGCACCCGUUUCCAUCCAGCGCUCAGCGCACGUCCGGAUACACAUUCGGCCGAUACACCAGAUCAUGGGGUUUUCCGUAUGAAUCUGCUCUUGCUGGCAGUUCAUACAACUACCGAGUCACGUGGAUAUUUUGUUGUUAUUGUUGGCAGGCCAUAUGGGCGCGUCGGUCCACUUCGGGCUAAACCUGAAGCCGCCGUUCAACACCAGAGGCGGAGCGGAACCCUGCUCGUUUGGAGAUGAUUCUCUCCGCUGAGUUGUUAUUCUUCUCUAGACCAUGAUGAAACCACGAUGGGCUACUGUAUCCUGGGAUCAUUUCCAUAUUUUGCUAAGCACGCUCGCCGCCGGCUGCGAAUCACAAUGCUUCGGACCUGUGUCAUCAGGUUUAAUUCUGCUACAGAAGAACGGGUGUCGUUGUACGUUACAGGGUAGAUCUCCAAGCGUACCUAGACGGCCAGCGUCAGCGACUUUGCGAGGGAGAG